GGUUUCGUCACCUGUCAGGAAUCAGUCCGGGUAUCCGUUUGUAAUACCAGGAUUGAAAGCUAGGCUAUAUGAAAUAAGAAUGAAUGGGUGUAAAAGUGCAUUUUCUUCACUUCAAUAUUCUAGAGUCUCCAUACACCAAAGAACAGGACCGUUUUCAAGACCUCAGUCUUCUACAUCUUGGGAGAAGUAGAUUCAGAGCUACCAAGGCAGCCCCCCAAGUGGUUCUAAAUGUUCCAGAAACAAAGAUAUCUUCUCUGGAAAAUGGCCUCAGAGUAGCUUCUGAAGAUUCUGGUGUUUCAACAUGCACGGUGGGACUUUGGAUUGAUGCUGGAAGCAGAUAUGAAAACGAGAAAAACAAUGGAACAGCGCAUUUCCUGGAGCAUAUGGCUUUUAAGGGGACAAAAAAGAGAUCUCAGUUAGACCUAGAACUAGAGAUUGAAAACAUGGGAGCCCAUCUUAAUGCUUACACAUCCAGAGAGCAAACUGUGUACUAUGCAAAGGCUUUCUCAAAAGACUUGCCAAGAGCUGUGGAGAUUCUUGCUGACAUAAUACAGAACAGCACACUUGGAGAGGCAGAGAUUGAACGGGAAAGAGGAGUGAUCCUUCGAGAAAUGCAGGAAGUGGAGACUAAUUUACAGGAAGUUGUCUUUGAUUAUCUGCAUGCCACAGCCUAUCAAAACACAGCACUGGGACGGACCAUUCUAGGACCCACAGAGAAUAUCAAGUCUAUUAAUCGCGAUGAUUUGGUGAAGUAUAUUACAACCCAUUAUAAAGGACCUAGAAUGGUGCUGGCUGGUGCUGGAGGAGUGGCUCAUGAAGAGUUGCUUGAAUUAGCAAAGCAUCAUUUUGGUAACUUGCCAUCCGUGGAGAAAGGAGGAGCCCCAGCCUUGCCGCCUUGCCAGUUCACAGGCAGUGAAAUUCGAGUGCGAGAUGAUAAGAUGCCUUUUGCACACAUUGCAAUUGCUGUUGAAGCAGCUGGCUGGUGUCAUCCGGACACUAUUCCUCUCAUGGUGGCAAAUACCCUGAUAGGCAACUGGGAUCGUGCUUUUGGAGGUGGUGUGAAUCUCUCCAGUAAGCUUGCUCAAGGUGUUUGUCAAGAAAACCUUUGUCAUAGUUUCCAGUCCUUCAACACCUGUUACACAGAUACUGGAUUGUGGGGAGUCUAUAUGGUCUGUGAAGGAACCACUGUAGAAGACAUGAUAUACUUUGUUCAGAGGGAAUGGAUGCGACUGUGCACUAGCGUUACUGAGGGUGAAGUGGCACGUGCUAAGAAUCUUCUAAAAACCAACAUGUUGUUGCAGCUGGAUGGUUCCACUCCCAUUUGUGAAGACAUUGGACGACAAAUGUUGUGUUACAAUCGUCGAAUCCCAAUUCCUGAACUUGAAGCAAGAAUUGAUGCAAUUAAUGCUCAAACUAUCAGAGACACCUGCACAAAAUAUAUCUAUGAUAAGUGCCCUGCAAUUGCUGCUGUAGGACCACUUGAACAGCUCCCUGACUACAACAGCCUCUGUAGUGGUAUGCAGCAGCUUCGUGUGUAAUAUUUACCUGAAACCUUCCUAGAGGCUAAAGGGAUGGCUCCCAGCUUUCUAGACUGGCAAACCGAUUCCUUCUGUUCACCUAAACCCUAACUUUGAUGCUCCACAAACCAAGUAUGCUACUUGCUUGGAAGAGAACCCUUUAAAAACAUACAAGGUUCAACAACAUUUUGUUCCAAGGCUGGUGAUGCUAAUGAUUCCGAAUUAGACUGAAAACCAACAUAACUAAAUCUGUAAAGAAAUACUGAGAAUUGGACAAGUAUCUAUAAAGAAGAAACACCACAUUGUGUAUUUGCAUUUUUAUUAUAAAACAAAACACAAAGAUU